AUACAUCCAUCAAAGCGUCUACGUCAAAAUAGUGAUCAUCUUCCUCUAAAUAUUGAUAGCUUGUUUCGUUUGUAUGUGAAUAAGUUUAUAGUUCGGAAUUCCCCUUUUUGAGAUGAUUUUUUUAUUGUGAUUUUUUUUUAAAUUAUUGGCAUUAUACACAAGUUUUAAAGAUUAAAAAUGAGAAUCAGAUUUGUACAUCAUGUUUACAUAAGUGGACUAAUUUUAUUAUUAAUCAAUGUAACAAAGUGCUACCGUACUGGGGCUGGUCCUCAGUCUUGUUCUUCAAUGGUCCCGUUUCACAGUAAUACUCAGCCACAGCUAGGACCUGUACCAUAUGUAAUAACUGUAUCUAAAACAACUUACACACCAAGGGAACAGAUUGUUGUUACAGUUAGAGGAUGUGGAGAAACAAAGUUCAAAGGUUAUCUGAUGCAGUCCAGGUUGGCAAUGUUUGCCAAACAAGAUGUGAAGAUUGGGGUGUUUGGUAUCUACAACAAUGCCCCUUAUCAAUACACUUGUCCAGAUUUAAGACUUGGUACAGUGGGCCAAGCUUUAACACACAGAGAAAACUCUGAUAAAAGUAAAAUUAGUUUUGUAUGGCAAGCACCUCCUGUAUCCCAGGGUCAUGUUAUUUUUAUCAUAACAAUUGUUCAAAAUAAGAAUACAUAUUGGACCAGUGUGACCUCUCCUAUUGUGUACGAUCAACAAAAUAGUGUGCCAGUAUCCCAGCAAAUUCUCAACAGCUUGUACCAUGUUGUUGAUCCAUCUUGUACCCGUCCACCAAUCAACAAUACUUCAACAACAACAUCAACCACUGUCUCUACCACACCAUUGACCUUUUCUACCACAACAACUCCAACCACUACAUCUACAACAAGUACAACAACCCCAACCUCAACAUCAAAAAGUACAACAACUACAACUACCACCACUACAGCUCCACCUACAACUGUCACUACAACAAGUACUUCUGCCCCGACCACAGUCCCAGUGACAAAUGUUACUGAUAUUACCACCAACAAUAGUACAGACAACACAACAGAGGAAAUAGUUACUACAACAGAGGCAUAUGUACUGCCUGAUGAUAGAUUGCCACUUGAUAAAGAUUGUAACAAGACCAAAGGUUGUUUCCAUGACUGUGAUGAACACAGUUGCAGUUUUAUUGUGUCCUGGGUAGAUCGUGCUAACUUCAUUGACAUGGAAUUGAAAACUAAACUUAUGUCAGCUGGAAAUAAAUGGAUUGCUGUUGGAUUUUCAUAUGACAGGCACAUGGGCAGUGACAGUGUUAUAGAGUGUAUGUCAAUGGACUACAACAUUAGUGUGUUCCAGUCUUAUAACCUUGAUACACAUGCCAAUACAAGACUGAGCAAUCCUAAACUAGGAAUAUCUAAUGAACAAGGAUCCUUCGUUGAUGGUACAUUUUCCUGUAGUUUUACCAGACAGAAGAUAGUUCCAGAAGAAAGUAGGAUCUUUGACUUAAGAAAUGACUGGUACCUUAUGUUUGCUACUGGAUCAUCUAUGUCAGAUGCUUUAACUAAUUAUGCAGGGAUGAAACUUCCACAUCAGUAUGACCCUGCUCCGCCUACAUCCUUAACAAAGAUCAAUUUACAGGAAUAUUUACAGUACAUGCCGACCACUCAACCAGCCUCAACACUGCCACCAACAACAAUCCAGUCAACUACAACUACUACAACAGAACAACCAUGGACUUGGAAACCACAACCGAAACCAACAACCACCGCCACUGUAGCUACUACUACCCAGAAAACAUCUCCAGCUGUUGUAACAACACCAUUAACAACUACAACAGUGACUACCACUACACAAAACAUUGACAGGUUUCAGAAAUUAAGUCUGGAGAAAGAUUUAGCCUGUGGAUUGACUAAAGGAUGUUAUUACGAUUGUAAAAAUGAUUUAUGUGAAUUUAUAAUAUCUUGGAGAGACAAAGGAGAUGAUAUUCAGUUUGACAUCAAGAGUCGUGCAUCUUCUCCUGAUCCAGAUAAUAUGUGGAUCGCAAUAGCCUUCUCACAUGAUCAGAAUAUGGGAAAUGACAAUGUAAUAGAAUGUGUGACAAAUGAUGGUUUUAUGGAUGUUUACCAGUCUGUCAAUUUAGAUUCCAAAACUAACCAAAGGCUCAUAGAGCCAAAGAAGGGAUUAAGUGGAAUAUAUGGUUCAAUCCAGGAUGGAAUAGUCCAUUGUAAAUUUACCAGGAAAAAGCAAGUUGUUGGAGAAGAUGUACUACUCAAUUUGGAUGAAGAUUUUCACAUUAUGUUUGCACAUGGACCAGCUAGAAAUGGAAAACUGCUUCCCCACAGCAUCCAGAAAAUUCCUAUAGUAUCAUUGAAAUUGGUGGAUUUCCAGAAGAAUUCAUCUGUCUCAGGAAGAGUGAUAUACUAUCUCAUUAAAUUCCAUGGUGCAUUGAUGAUAUUUGCAUGGAUUGGUUGUGCCAGUAUAGCUAUAGUUAUCGUUAGAUACUAUAAGAGGAUAUGGCCAGGAAGUACUAUUUGUGAUGAAAGGAUCUGGUAUCAGGUACACAGAUUGAUGAUGAUAGUUGUAUUUCUAUGUGUGAUCAUUAGUGCCAUUUUAGUGUUUCUAGAUGUGGAAGGAUAUAGUAAGAUAAAUGGUCAGAUGUUUCAUCAAGCCCAUCCUAUAAUAGGAAUUGUUGUACUAGUUUUUACAGUUGCUAAUCCAAUAGUUGCAUUGAUCAGACCAUUACCAGGGUCAGUCAAAAGAAAAUGUUUUAAUUGGAUACACUGGGGUUUUGGUACCAUAGGACACAUUUUAGCAGUUAUAAAUAUAUUUGCUGGUUUGGAGCUUGCCAAAGCAGGUGCCCCUCCAUAUUUAAGAUGGGUACUGGUAGCAUAUGUUGGUUAUUACAUUACAGUCAACAUGAUAUUAGAAAUAAGUGACUGUGCUCUAACAAGAAAAGAACGUAAACAGGAUGAUACUUAUAUGUAUGAAAUGCACAGAAAGCCAAUGUAUUAUUCACACAGCAAUGCACAUUUACAGUUAGAACCAUCAUAUAGCAGAUUAAAGAAGGUAGUGAUGGGAACACAUGUACUUAUAAUAACAGUGACAACAUUGCUUCUUAUUAUCAUGUUAAUUAUUGGUGGAUAGGAGUAAUACUUCAGUGAGAGGUAAACCCAAUAUUGGUGUUGUCAUAUGAUGCUCGCCAGUCAACACUGCAACGCUGGACGUUGAUCAAGAUAUGAUAUUGUAAAAGUGAAUUCAGUGCAGGAUUACACGGUUCAGUGGAUAUUUUUGGUAAAUAUUUGAAUUGAGUGUAUGCUAAACACAGCAGAAGUAUUGUGAUGACUAUGUUAAUAUUUCCUUUAAAUUUUGUGAGUAUUUAUAAUGUGCUAUGAAAUAAAUCAAAGUAACCAAAAGUUUGUACUUUCUGUACAUUUUUAUAGUCUCAUGAAUAAGUUAAUCCAUAAAUGUACAUGUAAUAUGAUGUAUUUAGUUAUGUUUAUUUUUAUAUAUGUAAUGAUUAAAAGCUGUGUUUUGUAAAAACUAUGUUGUGUAUAGUUUUGCAUAGAUCUAAAAAAAAAUCUUAUUAUUUCAAAAAAAAAAAAUUCAAACAUAACAAUUGUUAAUUAGGCUUUUAAAGGGUUGAGGUGUAUUUUGAUAAGUUUUAUUAGAAAUAAGCAAAUCAGCUUAGAAAUAUGGAACUUUUAAUUUGAUUUCUAUGUGAUGGUAAAAAUAAUUCAGAAAUUUUCUGAUACUUGAUUUUUUUACUAACCUUUGGUGCCUUCAUCAGGUGACAGGUUUAUUUUAUUACAAGCAAUAAUUCAUUUCUGUGAUUAGUACUUUUGUUAGUAUUUUGUUUGAUUUUAUGACCACCAGAGUCCCAUUAGUGGUUUUUAUAAAAAUGAUGGUCUUUUGUCUUUCGAGCACACCAAACAUUGAAAGCCAAAUAUUUUUUUUAAAUAAAGGAAUAACUUUUGCAACUUAGAAAUAAGUCUUUAAUAGUUUUCAACUUUCAAUUGAGCAUAAUGUGUUUGUGUAAUAACUUUAAUUUGUAAAACCUUUCAUAAAUUAUUUCAAUCAUGAAAAUUAUUCAACUAGGAUUACAGCAAGACAGUAUUAAGCUGUUGAUAGAUUUCCAGUUACCUUUUGUGUGGCAGAAAGACAAUUUUUUAUAUUUUUUUUUGUUAAAAGAUGACAAAAUAUUUCACCUUUAUUGUCACAUUAUUUGGUCUUAACUUAUCAUCAGCUAACUGAUUUUAAAAGUCUUUAGUUCAUGGAAAACUUCAUGAAAUUCUUUUCAUGAAUAAAUUCUGUGUUUGCCUUUGAUUUGUGUUUUAGGGAGGGAUAUUGUCUUUUAUGGCUAAUGAUUAGUUAAGGUUGUUCACAUUAGGAUUUGAAACUUGAAAAUCUUGACAAUCAGUUUUAGCAAAAAAUAUAUAUAAUAAUAUCUUAUUCAAGGAGUAUUGUAGUGUUAUUAUAAUUCAUUGUAACUAUGAAAUGUUAUUUAUUUACAAUAAUUUAUGCUGUAUUAUAAUUGUUAUAUGUUUAUGACUAUAAUAUUUUGUGUUCAUAUUUAUUUUCAUAAUAAAUAUAAAACAUUAA